UGGUGUUUUGCACCUCGCCGUCCCGCCGGGUGAUCUCUAGUAUCCCGCAAGAUGACAAUUAAUACCCUGGCUAAAGGAGGUCUGCAGCCGGAACAAAUGUCAUGCUUUCGGAAGAUGGAGAAAGUGCUCGUGGCCAUGCAGGACCCUGACAUGGGAAUGAAGAUGAGAAAUCAGAGACUCCUCAUCACUGUCAUCCCACACGCCAUGACAGGCCACGAUAUAAUUACCUGGCUGAUUCAGAAAUACCACAUCUGCGAGGAGGAGGCGCUGCAUCUUGGCGAGAUGCUGGUCAAAUACGGAUACAUCUACCCUCUCAGAGAGCCUCGCUGCCUGGUGUUACGACCCGACGAGUCGCCCUACCGCUUCCAGACUCCUUAUUUCUGGACAAGUACCCGCUGGCCCGCCUCAGAGCUGGACUACGCGAUCUACAUGGCUAAAAAGAACAUCAGAAAACAGGGAGAACUGAUGGAAUAUGAAAAGGAGAGGUACAGUCUGCUGCACAAGCGGAUCAACCACACCUGGGACUUUGUGGUGAUGCAAGCCAGAGAGCAACUGAGGGCCUCCAAACAGAGGAGGAAGGCCGACCGAAUUGUUCUAGAAUGUCAGGAGCAGGCGUACUGGCUCAUCAACAGACCGCCGCCCGGGGUGCAGAACGUGAUGGACUGGGGUCUGGAGCGACCAAACAACUUCAGCACACAAGUCCCUCUGAACACCGACUACUACAAAAGCGAGAUUGAAACGUCCAGGCGAGCCCUCGGAAGAAACCGAGUAAAGUCCUCCGUCUGCCUCGAAGGCUUUGUCAAGUACAGCGAGCAGUACCAGAGCCACGAUCCCAUAAUGCAAGGCUGCCUUCCCAGUAACCCCUGGAUCUCUGAUGACAUUGCAUACUGGACGAUGAACUCAGAAAUAGUGCCCGUUCCCACUCGUCUCCGCGUGGAGCGCUGGAGCUUCAGCUUCAUGGAGCUGCUGUCCGACGCCAUGGGGCGGCGGGAGUUCAUGACGUACCUGGAGAAAGAGUUCAGCGCGGAGAACCUGCACUUCUGGCAGGCGUGUGAGGAAAUUAGACACGGAGAAAGUUCCAAGAUCGUAGAGAAAGUGGAGGACGUUUACAAAAACUUCCUGGCCCCUGGAGCGGCCCGUUGGGUCAACAUCGACAGCAAGACGAUGGAUAAAACCUUAGAGGGGAUCAAACAGCCGCAUCGCUUCGUCAUGGACGACGCACAGAUGCACAUCUACUUCCUCAUGAAGAAGGACUCUUACCCCAGGUAUCUGAAAUCUGACCUCUACAAAAACAUGCUGGCUAAAGCCGUCGUUCCACAGGAGACUAAGAAAAGCGUGUUCCCCUUCAUGAGGCGCCAGCGGCACUCCAGCCCCUCCCCGGCUCAGGCCGGCGCCCCGGCGGCGGAGGAAGACGGCCGAGCAGGUACCAACUCCGCAGCGGGCUCCCACUUCUGAUCCGGUUUUUUUUUUUUUUUUGCCCCCAGAACAUUACUCCAGCCUCCACUGUCUCCAUCGUUCACCACGGCAACCAACCAUGGAUUUAUUCUCUUCAGCUGUUUUCUUAAAAAUCAUUCUGAGUGUAAGAGGCAGAGCUACUGCAAUGGAAAACAGAAACAUCUCAUCUGCGCAUGAGCAGUUCACAGCAACAUUUCUGCAUCCUUCCUAAACUCAAACAGCGCUGUGCCCAUUUGCCUUCCUUCAUUUCAGCUGUUCCGUUUCUCCCUCAGACGUAAUGUAGACAUACAGUAUCUUAUCUAGCUUUUUCGGUGUGAUUUUCCGUCUGUCUGUCCAGUCCAUCCCAUGCUGGGGCUGCACCAUUGUGAUUGCUGUAAAUCUUGCUUAAGCACGUUUUCAUCCCAAUA